GAACAGUCUGUGGUUCAGUGUUCAGGGCGCCUGGGUUCCUUCGGCAGCGAACUUGAACCUGAGACCUGUUCUUGAUCUUCUUCUGGUGCCUUGGUCUUCCUGCUGGUCCUGGUUUUAUCCACAGGGGUCCCGGGUCUAGGUCCGACGGUCUCUGAUGGACUGAACAUGUUUCUGUCUCUGCUGCAGUGAUUUCACAACACUUUGAUCCUCAGUCCGGUCUCUGCUCGUUUAAACGUCUCUGUCUCUGGAGAAAUGUCAGCUCUAAGCCCGGACCAGAUCCUGACCGGACAGCACAGCCGAACCGGAGCCGAGCAGGAGCAGCAGGAGGCCGGGAUCCUACAGCCGCAGACCGUGUUUGUCAUCCUGGACUCGGCUGAAACACUCAAUCUGGUCCGGGUGGAGUCUGGGAUUGUCGCUGACAUCGAGGUCGACAGUUUGCUGCCAUCAGGCUGCGACACCUUCUACCAGAUCAAGAGUCAGCCAAUAAGCAUCAGUACAUCAGCAGCAGCUUCCUCCUCUUCCUCCUCUUCAUCCUCACUGCCGACAGUCAUGUCAUCCAGGGUUUUGAUGCGUCAGGAUCUGAUGCGUCAGCAGGCUCUGGAGGAGGAGCAGAAAGAGGCGCAGCAGCAGCUGCUCCGCUCAAAUGACUCCUCCUCCCCCAUAUCUGUGUCUGUUUCCUCCUCCUGCAGACCUCCUGCUCAGGUCCCUGUGGAGGUGCUCAAGGUGCAGACUCACUUGGAGAACCCCACAAGGUAUCACAUCCAGCAGGCACAGAGGCAGCAGGUGCGUCAGUACCUCUCCACCACACAGACCGCCAUCACCACCAAGACAGCCAAUCAGGAACCAGCUGGACCAUCACCAAGCCACUCCCCCCUGCUGUGCCCCACCCCCGGGCUACAACCAGCAGAUGGCAAACAGAAAAUGGAAGGGACUGUCAUCGAUGACAUCAUCAGUCUGGAGUCGAGCCUGAAUGAUGAAUUUCUGACACUGAUUGACUCUGGACUACAGCUCGCCAACACGCUGCCGGUGUCGGGGACCAUGCUGGAUGUGUAUGGCGGAGGGACGACAACACCCACCAUCACCGUUAGCAACAGCUGCCCGGCUGAGCUGCACACAGUCAAGACAGAGCUGAGCGAUGUGGAAACGAAAGCUCUGAUCAAAGAGAGACAGAAGAAGGACAACCACAACCUCAUCGAGAGGAGGAGGAGGUUCAACAUCAACGACCGGAUCAAAGAACUCGGAGGACUCAUCCCCAAAUCCACCGACCUGGAGAUGAGGUGGAACAAGGGGACCAUCCUGAAGGCUUCAGUAGAUUACAUCCGCAAAAUGCAGAAAGAACAACAGAGAGCCAGAGAGAUGGAGGAGAGACAGAGGAGGCUAGAGAACACCAACCGCUCCCUGCUGCUCCGCAUUCAGGAGCUGGAGCUUCAGGCUCGUGUCCAUGGACUCUCUUCCUCCUCGCCUCACCCCAACUCCUCCUCCUCCUCUCUGGACCCCCAAGCCUUGCUCUCCCCCACACUGCCUCACCCGUUCUCCAACUCCUCCUCCCCUGCCUCCUCUCUGGUGACUCCCUCUCUGGGUCUGGACGCCCUGAACUUCGUGGACCUGGACGAGCCUCAGGGAGCCUCUACCGUCUUCUCCCCAGACCUGAUGUCUGACGUGGGGCUGACGGAGCUCCACGGCCUGGGAGACAUCCUGAUGGAUGAGGGAGGAGGAGGGGAAGGAGGGGUGAUGUCCGACCCCCUGCUGUCCUGCGGAGCCUCAAAGACCAGCAGCAGGAGGAGCAGUUUCAGCAUGGACGAGGACCUCUGAUGACAUCAUCACACAUGCAGAAAUCUGAUUGGCCAGAGCUGGAGGCGGGACUCUGACCAGCUGGGAGUUUUUUUAUUGGUUAAUAGAAAUAUUUUUCAUCAGUGACAUCAUCACAACAAACAAUGCACAAAUGUGAUGUCACAGGGAGCAAAUGUGUACUACAGUGUAACUACGGUAACCACUGUGAGUCCUCCAGUGUCUUUUAGUUUACCCAUGGUAACCGAUAUGUCCUCCAGUGUCACCGCGGUAAGCAUGGUUACUGCUGUGUCUUCCAGUGUACCCAUGAUAACCAAUAUUUGUUCUCCAGUGUCACCAUGGUAACCACUGUUUUUCUCCAGUGUAACCAUGGCAACAGCUGUGUUGUCUCAUCCUUGUCAACAUCAGAAACCACAGAGCAGAGUUGAUCGGCUGUUAGUGAACAAACUCACAGCUGAUUGGUUGGUAGGACAGCAGUUGAUCAAUAACUCAUGAUCAGUAAAAUCAUUUUUAAGGUCAGAAGUUCUAUUUUUUAAAAACAAACGUGAAACAAACAUUCAAACUCUAACCCUCCUCUGAUUGGCUGAACCAAUCAGUGACCUGUAAGCCAUGGCCUGAUUGGUCCUGGUCCUUGGUCCUGGUCAGCAGCUGGGACAAAAACAAAAACAGAAAAUAUAAGAUAUAAACUUAAGAAGGACUCUGGUUCUGAGUCAUUUAAGGAACCACAGUUUCCUGGUUUAUUUGUUGUAUUUUAAAAAUCUGCUCACUUAAAACAUGACUCACUGAAAUGAAAAUAUUAGAUGUAAAAUCAAAAUUCUAACUCAAUAUUCGAUCAACUUGACUUUAAGAUGAAAAUGUUUGAUUGAUUACACCCUCAGUGAUGGACAGUCUGUCAAUCAGUUGUUCUCCAGGCUGCAGUGAAGAGAAGGUCUCACCUGAAUUUAAAAACAGGCUUUAACUCACCUGUGCUCAUGUUUAGUAAAUCAGUCUUUUUCAGCUAUAGGUCAGAACUAUACCUGGUCAUGCUCCAUCUGUGAUGUCACAGCAAGUCUAACUUGUGGCAGCAUCAAGCGAUUCAAAGCCUGAACCCCUUAGUAGAAACCAGGUGUACAUUAGGGCUGCAUUGUUUUACCUGUUGUGAAUAGUUUAACCAGCAGGUGGUGCUGUCAGUAGUCUGCUGCGACUCCCUCAGCUCAGCCCUGUAAACAUGAAAACUGUACGUAAACAUAAACAUAAACAGAAUCGCUGUGCUGCAAGCAAAGGGAGGAGAAAUAUUCGAGGAGCACACCUGGUCAGGUUCACUUUACUGAUGCAGGUGUUUCCUGUUAGAGCCUCAGAGGAACAGAAGGGAAACUAACUCAGUCCAUCAUCAUCAUCAUCAUCAUCAUCAUCAUCAUCAUCAUCAUCAUCAUCAUCAUCAUCAUCAUCAUCAUCAUCUAUAAAAUCUGUAAAAACCAUUUGUAAAAACGAAGCAGCUGAAUCAGCUGUCUGCAGUGUAUGUUGUUCAGACAACUAUCACUGGAUACUGUGAUACUGAAGGAAACUUAAAAACAGGAGGGUUCUGAAUGAAGUUCUGCAGCCUCUGUUUUCUUUGGAGCUUUAUUCUGGAGGGACAUCAGAGAUAAUGAUAUCCUCAGGAAGUGAUGUCACACUGAAUCAGAUCAACAUGUUCAGGUCUGGGUUCAGGUCUGACUCUGGUUUCUGUCACUGCUGCUGCUGCAGCUGUUGAUCCUGUUGAUCUGUUAAACUAAACUAUUAACUUCUUGUUGAUCAUUAGAUCACCUGUACACACCUGUCCCUCUGCUCCCCCCUCACAAUUUAAACCUCUGGAUUACACACAAACUGUGUCCAGAUUCUAUCCAGUACAGUCCCUGUCUGAGACCUGGAUCCACCACAGGUUUUAUUUUGUCCCUAAACCGUGGUCAGCAGAAAGCCAUAAAUGUCUGUUUCAUGAGAUGAUGUCAGUGAUGUGAUGUUGGUUACCAUAGCAACAACAGUUGUCAGUCAUCAAGAUCAGAUAAAAAGGGAUUAAUGUCUGUCUUUAAUUAAAGUUGUGAUUUAUGUUUGUUCAUGUUAACAAGCUCCUGUUUGUUUUUAUAGAUUCAAUCUUUUAUAUAGAAAUAAAGUCACUUCACAAAAUCA